GAUUAAAGAUUUCUGUGUAGCAGGUUUCCAGGUUUUGUAUGGUGGCGCCAUCAGGUGAAACUUUUCUCAAACCUAAAUUUACUUCAACUAGAUUCCCUUGUGCUCAGUAACGAAUACUACAAAAUCAGUGUCGGAUCUGCAAAGAUGGUAACCGUUUUUCAACUCACCAAAACAGUAAAAACUAUAAUUCUUUGAUUUACAUACAAAUAAAUAACAAAAGUGUGAAAAUUAUAAAAAUACAUAAUAGUUCCAACAUAUAGUUGAUUACAUGGUCCACUCGAGCACCAAAUUUUUUUAACACCACAAUUUCCUACAAUUCGCCAAUGCACUACAGACUUUCGCCGUAUGUUUUGUAGCAGUUUUUAUAAAAAGCCAACGCACAGUGAUGCAGAAACACGAACUGCUCGAAAUUGAUAAACUUCGUGUGGCUACGACGCACGGCCUUAACAGCACCCACCACAUCGCACUUUCUUUCCUGGAGCAUUUUAUCAGCCAUGUAGAAAAAGCAAACCACCAGACUGCUCGAACUUAUCCCGUCACUAAAACCAUUUCUCUAAAUGUUAUUACAUACAAAAUCGAGCAACUUACUCGCAGCACACCAACGUAGGAAAAUUCUGGGUUUUCUGCCCCCUCGCGUUCUCCCAAAUGCUUAUCAUUACGUCCGUCGAUUCCGGAAUUCCUUUAAUUUUGGGCCAGUUUUUUAUGUUUAGGACUUCGACGUUUUUUUUCAAAUUUUCCCUGUACAGAAAAAAAAAUAUAUAUAUGGGACAAUUCGCAUAAGAACUCAGCAAGCAUUAAAGACAUCUUCACUUUUAAAGCAAACCGAAGAGCGUUCAUGUCAGUAGUUGCAGUGUUGGCGUUCCAGCAGCUGUGUGGAGUCAACGCUGUGGUCUUCUACACGGUUCCAAUCUUCCAGGCAGUUGGCAGCAGCAUUUCGCCUAAUCUGGCUGGAAUCAUUAUAGCACUAGUACAAGUUUUGUGCUCCUACGUGUCCAUCUUCAUUAUAGAAAAAGCCAACAGGAGAUUCUACUUGAUGCUGUCUUCUGUCGGGAUGCUGCUGUUUUUGACCGCUCUGGGGAUGUAUUUCCACUUGAAGCGUUUGAAUGUCGAUAUUAGUUCUUUGGGUUUUAUUCCGAUUGGUAGUGUUGUCAUGUUCAUGAUUUCGUUCUCGAUUGGGUAUGGGCCAAUUCCGUGGUUGCUCAUGGGUGAGUUGUUCGCACCGGAGGUUAAAGGGAUUGGGAAUGGGUUUGCUAUCGCCACGAAUUGGUCGUGCGCGUUUUUGGUCACUUAUUUCUUCCCGAUUAUUAAUAAUAGUCUGGGGGCGCACAUUUCGUUUUAUAUUUGUGCGGGGAUUAUGGCACUUGCUACGAUUUAUGUGGCGGUUGUGGUGCCCGAAACUAGGGGGACGACGCUGCUGGAAAUUCAACAAAUUCUGAAUAAGUAGGAAUUUUGUAAUGAUUUAGAAAAAUAUGACAAUUUCUCAUUAGGAUAGUGUUUAAUAAGACUGUUGUAAAGAUAGAUAAAUUAUUGUGGAUUUUCUGCGGUUGGUACUUAUGUAGUACUUAAGUGUGAACGUAGAAGCUAUUUUAUAUUAGAUUGUUUAAAUCGUUGAAAAAUAAAUUGAAAAAUAAAUAAA